AUGUUCGUCCUUAUUUCAGAUUGUGAAGAGGUGCCUGGAGCACUGACACAGAUUGAUGCCAGCAACGGACAGAUCUUUGGUGUGAACAGUGAAGGCUACAUUUACACCUUGUACAGUGUAUAUGGAAACCCAUGGAUCCAGUUACCAGGGGCACUGACCCAUGUCACAACCGGUCCUUCUGGAGUCUGGGGGGUGGACUCAUAUCAUAACGUCUACAGGCUUGUGGGGGGCAACUGGAUCCUGAUUACAGGUUCGCUCAAACAGAUAGAUGCAGGGGGAAGCCAGUUUGUAGUUGGAGUCAACAUGAACGAUGAAAUCUGUUGCCUACCCAAGUCGUCAGCCAUCACUGCUGAUGACAACUCAUCACUGUCCUGGAUCCACAUUGAAGGAAAGUUCAAAUACUACUCCUGUGGGCCACUGGGUUGUUGGGGAGUUAACUCAGCUGAUACCAUCUAUUACCGGCAUGGUGUCACCCCAGAUUCCUGCACUGACUCCAGGUGGCAGAAUGUGCCUGGUGCGCUUUCCAUGAUUGAAGUUGGGACAGAAGGAGAUGUGUAUGGAGUAAACAGCGCUGGAGACAUUUAUCGCAGGGAAGGAAUCACCAAAGAGAAUCCUAUUGGAACUACCUGGGAACAAGUAGACAAAAAAAUUGGAAAGGCCAAACAUGUGUCCUAUGACCUGGACCGGUUAUGGGUUGUCACUACAGAAGGGAAUAUAUUUAAAUGCAAACAGCCUUGGGUUCUGGAGAGGACCCCUGGUCGCUACAUGGUGGCGCUGGCGUGA